CAAUCCAAAAUCAAAAAGAGAAAGCAAAGCUUCGAGCUGGAAACCCAUUCAAGCCUUGUAAAAGAGACCAGAAAGAGACUCCAAUUCUGAGAGUUGUACUAGAUAUGCUUGAUGGCAUUGCACCUGUAGAUUGGAUAGAAAAACUCAAAGCUAAAAUUGGCACUAAUAUGCCAGCUCAUGUUGAAAGUUUAUUUACUUCAGCUCCACCUAUUCAAAAAUCUAAUUUUA